GGGCCCCGCGGCCGCGCUGCCCCGCCCCACCCCGCGGCGCUCAGUCGGGCGGCGGCGGCGGGCGGAGGAGGAGGCGGAGGCGGCGGCUCCGCCGGGCUGAGGAGCGGACGCGGGAGGCGGCUCGGGAUCGCGACACGAUGAGGCGGGUGGUACGACAGAGCAAAUUCCGGCACGUCUUCGGGCAGGCGGUGAAGAACGACCAGUGCUACGAUGACAUCCGCGUGUCCCGCGUCACCUGGGACAGCUCCUUCUGCGCCGUCAACCCCCGCUUCGUGGCCAUCAUCGUGGAUGCCAGCGGUGGGGGAGCCUUCCUGGUGCUGCCUCUGCACAAGACAGGCAGGAUUGACAAGUCCUACCCCACAGUGUGUGGCCACACGGGGCCGGUGCUGGACAUCGAUUGGUGUCCCCACAAUGACCAGGUCAUCGCCAGCGGCUCCGAGGACUGCACUGUCAUGGUGUGGCAGAUUCCUGAGAAUGGGCUCACCCUGUCCCUCACAGAGCCCGUGGUAGUGCUAGAAGGCCAUUCCAAGAGAGUUGGCAUCGUGGCCUGGCAUCCGACGGCGCGGAAUGUGCUGCUCAGCGCAGGCUGUGAUAAUGCCAUCAUCAUCUGGAAUGUGGGAACAGGAGAAGCCCUCAUCAACCUGGACGACAUGCACGUGGAUAUGAUCUACAAUGUGAGCUGGAAUCGCAAUGGCAGCCUCAUCUGCACAGCUUCCAAAGACAAAAAAGUCCGAGUUAUCGACCCCAGGAAACAAGAAAUUGUUGCUGAGAAAGAGAAAACCCACGAGGGAGCCCGGCCCAUGCGAGCCAUUUUCCUGGCAGACGGGAACAUCUUCACCACCGGCUUCAGCCGCAUGAGCGAGCGGCAGCUGGCCCUGUGGAACCCGAAAAACAUGGAGGAGCCAAUAGCCCUUCAUGAGAUGGACACCAGCAACGGGGUCCUGCUGCCCUUCUACGACCCAGACACCAACAUCAUUUACCUGUGUGGGAAGGGUGACAGCAGCAUCCGCUACUUCGAGAUCACGGAUGAGUCCCCGUACGUUCACUACCUCAACACCUUCAGCAGCAAGGAGCCGCAGAGGGGCAUGGGGUUCAUGCCAAAGAGGGGCCUCGACGUCAACAAGUGUGAGAUUGCCAGGUUCUUCAAGCUCCACGAGAGGAAGUGUGAGCCCAUCAUCAUGACGGUUCCCCGCAAGUCUGACCUCUUCCAGGACGACCUGUACCCAGACACAGCCGGCCCAGAAGCAGCUCUGGAAGCAGAGGAGUGGUUUGAGGGCAAGAACGCUGAUCCUCUCCUCAUCUCCUUGAAGCACGGGUACAUUCCAGGCAAAAACAGGGAUCUCAAGGUGGUCAAGAAGAACAUACUGGACAACAAACCCGCUGGGAACAAGAAGAGUGAUCUCAUAAAUGCUCCAAAGAAAGCAGCGGAUGCCUCAAACCCUCAAAACGACGCCAAAUUGGACGAGAUUUUGAAGGAGCUGAAAUCCAUCAAGGACACGAUCUCCAACCAGGACGAGCGCAUCUCCAAGCUGGAGCAGCAACUGGCCAAGAUCGCAGACUGACGGGGCCGCCAGCCCAGGCACAUCCCAGCUCCCAGUUCAGCCAGCAGCAGCCUGCAGCAUUCCAGUACGAGCUUUCCUGUUCUCCUAAAUCCACGUCAACAAGAGCCGAUGAUUUCAAGCCAAGCUUUUUAGUGAAAGAGUUUUUUGGGGUUUUUUUUUUUUUGGGGGGGGGGGGUUUUUUUUUGUUUUUUUUUUUUCUCGUUUCCCGAUGUUCCGAUGAAUUUCUGUGACUGUGUCAAAAACAAGGCAAAAAUGAGAAGUGCUACUUUUACAGGGUUUUUUUGUUUUUUUUUUUUUUCCACAUGUUAUUAUGAAUCCUUGAAAAACUAAUCUGUUCUUGACUUCCAAUGUCAUGCCCAAAUAUCUUUUUCUAGAUUUUAGGGACCAACGCCACAUUGUUCUUAACCAUUUUUUUUUUUUUAGAGUUGCCAAAAAAUAGAAAAAAAUAUUGCUUUUAUUUUUCUUAUUUGCCACUUUUGCAGUAUUUGUGUUUCCAUUCCAAGGGACAGGGGAUGUGGGGGGUGUUUACACUGUGCAGAGAACAAAGCUGAAGCUAUUUUGUAUAAAUCCUCCAUUUGGAACAAUCAGGUGGGUUCCCUUCCCUUCUCUUCCCUGUGGAAUCCCCUUGGAGAUGAGAUCAACUGCCUUUCCUGCUCCACAACAUGUCCCCAGCCCUGUUGGCUGACAGAAAAAUACAGAUAUAUCAUUCUGAAUGAGGGGAUUUAUUUCCUACUGAAGUUGUAAGCCAGCACCAUGUUCCCAUUUUCCUACAAUCCCAAGGUUUUGAUUCCAUGACCAAACUCACGUGUUUUACUUGCUCAUUUUUAUUUCCGUUUUGAGGCAGAAGUGACUUCCAUGCAGGAAUGUUUUUAUCCAUGGAGCAUGGAGUUCCAGGUGAGCUGUGGGAUGCCAGCAGCCAUUGCUGCCCCCCAACACUCCUGAGCUCAUGGAUUUUAAGAAGUUUUUGGAAUCCAUCAGCUUUUCACACCAGUGCUGAUGAUAGGAAUUUUCUGUGCUUCCAAGGCAGCAUCAGCAGCAGAAAGAUGAUUUUUCCAUGAUAAUUCUCCACAAACAAAAUGCCUCUCCUGUUCCUUUUUGAUAAUUUGUUUUCUCCUGUCCAUCAUUCCUGCCUCCCAUCCUGCCAUGCUGGAAAGCUUUGCAGGAAAGGAUUUGUUCCUGGAUCAGAUGAGUGACCUCCAACCCCAAACCCCCUCCUGCACUCCCAGCCCUUCAGAGCAGAAGGGACUGGGAGGGUGGAUUUGAUCCCAGUUUGGAGAACUGGUUUCUCACACGGCUCCUUUGGGAUCCUGCAGGGAGAGGCCCUGUGAGUGCUCUAGGCUGGCUCCUCCUGGAAUUCCAUGGAAGCUCAGCUCAGCAAAGCUCUGCUCAGGCAGGGCCUCCCCUGUGAAGUCAGGGAUGGGGCAGGCUGGCUCCCUGCUCCCAGGCUGUGUCCUUGUGCUGGGAAUGGCAUCCAGGACACCCUGGAAAGCUGUGCCAAGCAGGAUUGGUGCUGCCAUUCCUGGCACAGCCCAUCCCUGCAGUGCCAGGGAGUGCUGAUAACCCAUCCUGAAUCCAAAGGUGUCCAAGAGCUCUGGAUCCCUAUCCCAGCUGGACUCUGUCCCUGUGGCAGCUCCCACCUGGAGCAUCCCGGUGGACACGAGUCUCUUCAUCCAGGCUGAAGUGAUUGAUUUAUUUUUAUUUUUAUUUUCCAUUAGUUUAGCUAGGAAUUCUCCGAUUUUCCAUUUUCCCCAGUGUUUGCAUGUUCAGAACUUCCAGGUUAAGGAUUCCCUGUUGUGAAGGGAUGUGUGUGUGGAGGCGGAAUCAGCCAGGGGACGUAGCUGGAGAGGCACGAGGAUGGGAUGGAGGAGACAGAGGAUGUGGUGGGAUUGCAGAGCAGGAAAGCUUCAGAAAAGUGGGAUUUCUGUGUUUUAGGGACAAGUGGCAUCCCCUGCCCUGUGCCCGUGGAUCCACAAUCCGGCUGCUCCGGGUUCUUUGGCUGUUUGGUGACGUUUCUGUAUUGCAGUAAAUGCCUGAGAUGUGUAUUUUUAUGGAUUUUAUUUUUUUUUCUUUUGGAACCCAAACCCGAAGGUCGUUCUCCCCACAGUGGUGAUUUCUGUGUUGAUUUGUACGUGUGACUUCAGGGUUGUGUGCUCGGGGACCUCGGGUUUGUUCCUAACAUUGGAGGGAAAUCAGUUUUGGGAGCCGCUGGAUUGAGGUGCCCGGGGGUGGGGGUGUGGGAGAUUUUAGUUCCUAGCCUGUAUUUUAUUUAAAUGAACUGAUGCCUCGCCAGGCUCAACCGGAGUCAGUGCCUGAAGCUUUUUGUAGCCGUGAUAUCCCGGGAGAGAACCAGCCCAGUCCGGAAAGACGCGCUCUUAUAGAGCGGCCAGAGUAUCUGUCCAAAUAUUUGCUUCCAUUUUCAAAAGAUAAAAGUCAUUGAUUAUAAACUG